AGGGCAAAAACCGUGCACACUCUGAGUUUGUCUCACAACCUGCCGUGUGUUCAGACCGCCGUGCUCCCUCUAGCACCUCACGGGAAACACUUUGGGAUCGUCCUGGUGGCCAUGCUGAGAGGGAAGGGCCCCUGGCACAGCCUGGACGCGGCAGACCCCCCUGGUGAAGAGGACGGGGACAGCUACCCGGCAGAGAGUGGGGGACUGACAGUGUCAGUGAAGAAGGGGAGCAAGACCAAGAAACUGGAGAAGACCAGGAAAGCCAUUAGUCUGGAGGAGGCCCAGCUGGAGCUCCAACAGCCAAGCAGAACCAUGAGCCGCCAAGCCUCAAUCAGGUCACAGAUGUUUGAUGUGGACAAAGGAUUUGAGAGGACUGAAAGUGGUGGUUCACAAAGUAGUUUUAUAAAGCACAACAAAACAUUCCACAAGCUGUUUCCUGACAUUCCAGAGAGUGAAGACUUGCUCCAUGCGUACAUCUGUGCUCUGCAGAAGGAGGUGCUCUAUCACGGCCGACUCUACAUCACCAAGCACCACGCUUGUUUCCACUCCUCUGUGCUGCUCAAGGACACCAAGCUUGUGAUCCCUGUGACCAGCGUUCGCAUCGUGAAGAAGCAGAACACCGCCCUCCUGGUGCCCAAUGCCUUAUCUAUCCGCACCACAGAGGGAGAAAAGUACCUGUUUGUGUCUUUGCGGAACCGUGAGGGGUGCUACAAGCUGCUGACCUCCGUCUGUCCUCAACUGGAGGACCGAAGUGCCAACAGCAGCCCACUGUUCUCCUCUGCAGAGAAUAGCUUUGAUCAGGGCAAACUGGUGCACUCCAGUCAGUCCAGUCUGGAGGACAGUUUUGACCUGGAUGGAUCAGAACCAAAACUCUUCCUCGACUCGCCUCCGCUCAGACCCCAGAGAGACCUACUGCCAAAUGGAAAACACUCCUCUAGUACACACUCCCUACAGACCGACAGUUCAUCUGAUGACCUCUCAGGUGGCUGGUGGGUGUGGAGCAUGACUGAGAACGCCCGCUCGCUCCUGGUCCAGAGAGAAGCCUGCAACCUCAACACACUCCUGUUCGUCUACCUAAUACUGGUGGUACUGCUGCUGUUGUCGUCGGGGUACAUCGGCCUCCGGAUCGUGGCUCUGGAGGAACAACUGACCUCUUUGGGAGCCCUCCCUGAGUUCUCCUUACAGAGCGGGUACAAGGAUACAUCCCCGUGAUUGGCCAGAAGAGCAGUAGGACAUCCCGUGAUUGGAGGACAUGACAAUAUGGCGUCAGCUGACGAUCUACCAAUGAAAAAAGAGGAACCAGAGUUUGUGAUGAAGAUUCUGUCCUCUCCCUGGAAUAAGAGUCUGGAGCAAUUUUGAGUGUUCCAGAGAUGGACUGUCACUCGCUUGUGUAUAAGGACCGACUCCCUGUGCAAUUAAAAGUCCAGCCGGGUAAACUGGAAGGGCUAUGUUUAAGACAUCUUGACGCGGGCCAACUCAACUCGCAGUGGGUGGGGCCUAGCAGACACGCGCGCACACACACAUUUGCUGCUUCUGUGACUGACUUGAAAGGCGACUGACGCGCACACACAGAACACGGUCACCUCUUCGGCUCACAUGUCACAAUGACAAGAUGUGAUUUCCGCUCCACAUAGUCUCUUCACGAGCGUGCAAUCGGUACCGACUACCAGAAUCAGGUGUCGUCGGAUGUUAGUUUUAAUAGCUCCCAGCAUGGGGGAAGGACAGUGCCUAGCCAAAGACACAGAAGUGUGCACAUCUUAUGGGUACAGGUUGAUUCUUAAUCUUAGGGCUUCUUCAAGUUAAUCUGUAUUUAAUCUUUCACUACUGAAACAGUCGGGGGGGGGGGUGCUCAAAAGAUUUUCCUGCUGAUCAUACCAACUGUCAACAAUGAAUAUCUUCCACAGCACCUCCAGCAGAGCAGCCAUUUUGAGUUCCUGUCCGGACAGUGUCCUCCUCGUUGCUCUGCGGUCAGCAGUGUUAGUCCUGGCAUGGGCAUGAUUUAAAUCGGUUUAAUGAUCAGUGCUUUGGAGACCCCAGGCUUGUAUGUGUACAUAAUCGCACAAAACUAGCAUAAUCAGAUUCUGCGUUGCCGCUUUUGUAGCUGUACAUUUUCUAACUUUUCAAAAAGAACAACAUGUUGUUUUUUUUUUUUUUCUUCUAUUACUUUGAUUGUCAAAGUAGAUUUUUAUAAUACCAAAUGAAAAAUAUAGUCUUGCUCAGAUGAACAUAUCUGUUGAGGACUUCUGCAGUGUAUGCAAGAAGUGACAUUGUUGUUAAAAGCAAAGCAAACCCGCCUACUCCGUGACCAGCCCGUUGAGAGCAAAGGUUUGUUUCUCGGGGCUCAAGUGUUUCCGGACUGUUCGAUGGAAAUUUCAAUGAUAUCAUGUGACAACGUCUGUCAUGUUUCUGCGUGGGCACAUUGGGUACGUGACUGAUAAAUGAUGUUCCCAUUUGGGUCACCCUCUGGGAGAACAGCCUCCAGUAGCAACUCUCAUACAGUGCUGCUGAAGUCACUGUCAACCAAGGAAUAAUAGGUGGUCCAGAAAAUAAAUUUCAAUAUGCAAAGGCUUAUGCAUGUACAGAAAAAUGUGCAACUUUUUUGUUUGUUUAAACGAGGGGAGAAAAGGCUGCAGAGCGACUGCACUUUAAGAUGUACCUGUCAGUCCAAAGACAUCACAUUUGAUUGAGAUGGUGGGGAAGCCGUUGAUUUGUAAUCUAGUGUUUGAUGGUGCUAAGACCUUUUUUUUGUUGAUCUCAGGGCUGGGUGAAAACUGCCACAGUUUCAGGUUCACUGCAUUUCUUCCGCCAUUUCAGGUCUUAUGCUUUUGAGGUAGUCUGUUUUGUCUUGUCCACUGGAGAGAUGUCUCUGUUUAUGGGCCUUGUAACACCACUAUCUGUCUGACCUGUGAGCUGUUACCCAGUGACAUCAAAUGUUUUCCAAUGUUUUUACAGACAAAUGUAAGCUCUUCAACAACUUCUGUUGAUGGGACAGGAGUGUGGAAGUGGCGACAUGUUUUCUCUUGUGAUUGAGUAGUUGUCAGGUUUUCAAGCUGUAAGUAGUUUGCCGCCAUGCCAUAAAGCAGUACUGUUCAUUUCUGGACGUUCCCAGCAGGGGGCAGCACACACACAAUGUGUUUGAGAGGAUCAGUGUUGUUACUGACCGGCUGAUCUAUAAAACAAUACAUUAUUUACAACGCACGGUACUUUUGUGGAUCAGUCGGUUUGCAGUCACAAGCAGUCGUUUUGAUUCUCUCGACCACACCCAGUCCCUUCAAAUGUAUGCAAUGCAAGAAUUUCAGAGUCUUGUUUGUGGUUUUGCACUAUUGUAGUGUUGUUCAUUUUUCUAUCAAUUGUUAAGGCUUUAAUUCUAUGGUCAAUAUGUAUUUAUUUGUACUCUAUGUAAUUCAAAGUAAUGGUCUCUGUGAGAUUUUGCUUUGUUAUUGUUUGAAAAUAAAUCAGAUGUUGCAAGG